UUAGUUCCUUUGAUCAGUGCCUGAUGCUAAUUCUGUGACAAUGUAUGUUUGUACGCCUCAACACACUCAGGUGCACACCACCCUCAUAGAGACUCCAGAACUAAAGGUGGAUGCCUGUCCAGGCUGCCAGUUCACCAGCUGCCUCUGUGCCAACGAAGCAAAAAUCUUUGCGUGGAAUGUGACAGCCACUAGACUGGGCAAAGUGAAUGUCACUGUGAGCAGUGUGGCAGAAGAUUCGCAUAAUCUGUGUGAUAACAGGGUUGCUGUGACACCGCUGCAAGGAAAGACAGACACAGUGAUAAAACCUUUGAUUGUGAAGCCAGGAGGCAUACUACAAGAGAAGACCCAAAAUGCCUUUCUCUGUGCUACAGGUAUGGAACAUAGUUCACUGACUGCUAUCAGGAUGGAAGGGAUGGAGCUACUGCAGGUACCCAGAGGUGGGGGGAAUUUGUCCAAGAACAAGCACCUGUGCCAUACCUGAGAGAACAACUGUAGUUUCUUCAUAUCUAUCUUCUGCCUGGCAACAUUUCUUUAUGAGGCAAAUAUUUUCAGAUCUCAGCUUAUGUGACUGAA